AUUGCAAUGGCAGCAGGUGCAGGCAUACAGGAGUACAUAAAAAGCACCUAUAUAAGCAAUAGGUAGAAUUGUAAACAGGCUCACAAUUACUUGCUGUCCAGCUCCGUCACCCGCUGCAUGGAGCAAGUGGUCUCCGCCUUACACGCGCUGUAUGCUCCAUCAGAUCCAGAUACAAGAAAGCAAGCCGAUGAUUGGCUAACCAGCUUUCAGCACACGCCUGCGGCAUGGCAAGUGUCAGAUGCACUUCUAAGCCAAGCAGAUUCGCCCCUGCAGUUUCUUUUUUUUGCAGCUCAAACAAUUCGCACUAAAGUGCAGUUUGAGUUCGACGAAUUGUCUGCUGACGAUUGCAUGAACCUCCGGGAUUCCCUGCUGCAUCACAUUGAUAGGUUUGGAGCGCCAGAGCAUCAGCCGAUCCAUAUGAUGUUGGCCAUUGGAUUGGCAGACCUGGCUAUUCAGAUGGACCACAUGUGGCCCAACGCUAUCGAAACUGCAUUCCAGCGCUUUGGGCAGAAUCCUGACACCUUCCCAACAUUCUUGGAGAUUAUUCGGAUGUUGCCGGAGGAGAACCAGAACCUCAAGCUAGUGACGGACAGCUUUAAGCGUGAAUCUUGCAGCCAAAGGCUCCAAAAUGCAACGCCUGAAGUUCUUCAAUUUCUUCUCAACCUUCCUGAUCUUCCGUCCCCAAGAGCGCAGACGAGAAGGAAAGCCUUGGAGUGCUUCCUUAGCUGGAUCAAGUUCACCAAUGUCCCGGCAUCACAUAUUGCUCAGAAUCCAUUGAUUCCGCAGUGUUUCGAGCAUGUGGCCCACUGGGAUGAUCUUAGUGAAACUGCCACAGACACCAUCGUCGAGGUGCUGCGGACGUGCUCCAUGGACAUUUGCGCAUAUCAGCCAGUGAUCCAAGUGGUCUUAAGCCACUUGGGACUUCUGAGGUCCAAGUUCGAAAUGCAGCUGAGUCAAAACACGAAUGCCGAGGACCUUGACAGCUUGCGACAGCUGUGCCGGAUCUUCGUGGAAGUUGGCGAGUGCCUGGUGCCACUGGUAUUGACACAGAGCACCGACACAGAGGUCGCCAGCAUACUGCAAGUCAUCCUGAAGUGCACAGAUUUGCCUUCGAGGGAGAUUAGCUCAAUACCUUUGGAGUUUUGGCACAGGCUUGCAGAUGAAGUUUGCAGGCAUCCCGAGACUGAUGUAAAGAUCGAUCAAUUUCAGGGCGUGUACAUCGAGUUGCUCAGUGCUAGCAUCCAUCAAUGCGCGAUGAGUGCUGCUCAGGAUCCCUUCAUGGCAGACGAUGAAGUCUUGGCCUACAGGCAACGGAUGCUGGGCCUGGUGGAGGACAUCGGUCUACCUACUUCUAAAAGCAAUGACCCAUGGCCUUCAACCUACUAG